UAAUAAAUUAAACAAUAAAAUGACAUCAGAAGAUCCAAAUGAGAAAUGGAAGAAGAUUCUUUUAAAUCCUUAUGGUAAAAGUAAGGAUGAUGUACAGAAUGAAAUAAGAGCAAUGCAUAAGGAAUAAUAAAUGAUAGAUGAAGCAAUAACAAGAGAGGCUUUAUUAUAAUCAAUAAAAGCAAAGAAGACUUAUCGUAAUUUAACUAAUCCAAAUACAAAUGCUGAUAAAUAGAAAUUAGUACCAGUAGAUGGUGAUUUAAAAUAAGGAGCAAAAGUAUUUAUGAGAGCAUGUGCUUCUUGUCAUUCAUUAGAAAUAUUUACAGGAAAACCAUAUGCUGCAGAUUUUUCAUUUUAAGAAUCAAGUGGACCAUCAUUAGCAUAAAUAUAUAAUAAACCAGCAGCUAGUUAAAGAGUAUAUGAGGAAUAUACAAUGGCUUUAUUAGAUUCUAAAAUAUUUUGGAAUAGUUAUAAUUUAUUUAUGUGGGCAAAAGAUCCAUAAGCAAUGUGUAAGGGUACAAAAUGUUUACAAAGAGGAGAAUUAUUAGAGAGUGCAGAAGAUAGGUAAAUAAGAUUUAAUAUUUGUAGGGCUGAUUUAGUAAAAUUUUUAAAAGGAUUUACAAAAGCAACAUCAGAUUUAUAUAGACGAUCAUUUACAAAAUACCAUGGAUAUGAAUGGUAAAAUUAUAGAGAAUAAGGAUUGGCCAAAGCAAGAGAGGUUGCUCAUUAAAGAUAAGGAUAUGAAUAAGAAAAGAAAUGA